UGGAUUCCACCUUCUCACGAGCUAUUGGAAUCGCAGUGCUCGCAACUUGCUUGUGGGUUUUCCGCCGCCGCCGCCUCCAAGUGACAGCUCUCGACAAUUUACCGGGACCGCCAGCCAAGUCUUGGGUCUUCGGCUCCUUGGAACAAUUGUUCAGUCGGAACGCAUGGGACUACCACCGCCAGAUAUCCGAAACUUGUGGGGAUACCAUUCGAGUCAAGGGCCUGUUUGGGGCCAAUAACCUCUUUGUCCACGACCCGAAGGCCGUACACCAUAUUCUCGUUAAAGAGCAAGACAUCUACGAAGAGACACCAGGCUUCCUCGAGACCAACAGGUUGACCUUUGGGGACAGCUUUUUUACUGCUCUCGGACAACGGCAUCGCCUUCAUAGGAAGAUGCUCAAUCCAGUAUUUUCAAUUGCGCAUAUGCGAGAGAUGGGUCCCUUGUUCUACGAAGUUUCUCACAAGGUUGAGAAUACCUUCAUGAAGAUGACGGCAAAUGGUCCAAAAGAGGUUGACAUCUUGGAGUGGAAUACUCGACUUGCGCUCGAACUCAUCGGCCAAAGCGGCCUCGGAUACUCGUUCGACACCUUGGAGGAAGGGUCAAUCCCGCAUCCAUACGGAAUCGCGUCGAAACAAUUUGUGCCGCUUUCGGGUGGGUUUCAAGCCAACAUCGCGAAAGAGACGAUAGCGCCUAUCGUUUCCCGUUUCGCGGGCCCGAGGGCAGGUCGGUUCUUAGCGAAUUGGAUCCCCUGGAAGGAUCUCCGUGGAUUCCGCGAUGUCAUUGACUUACUCAACGGUACGGCAUCUGAAAUUCUUGAGGAGAAGAAGAAGGCCAUUCUUGCAGGCGAUGAGGCAUUGAAGGCGCAGAUCGGCCAUGGGAAAGAUAUUAUCAGCAUCUUAUGGAAGUCGAACAUGAACGCAUCGGGUGAGGACAAGUUAACUGACGCUGAGCUCUAUGGUCAAGUGUCGGCUCUGACCUUUGCGGCCACCGACACGACUUCGUCGGCGCUGUCGCGUAUCUUGUCUCUUCUUGCCACAAACAAGGAUUGUCAAGACCGGGUCCGACAGGAAAUUAGGCAAGCCAAAGAAGAUAACGGAGGUCAUGACAUCGACUAUGACACUUUGGUGUCUCUUCCAUAUCUUGAUGCCGUCUGCCGUGAAACCCUUCGCUUGUAUUCUCCCGUCCCGUUUCUGCUGCGAAUGGCUCGGGCGGACAUGGUCUUACCACUAGCAACGCCUAUCAAAGGAAUCGACGGCAGCGACAUGCACGAAGUACUGGUCCCCAAUGGAACCACAAUCUUCGUGUCCAUAACCUCCUCGAACACCAAUCCUAGAUUCUGGGGACCAGACUGUUACGAGUGGAAACCUGAAAGGUGGUUGCAGCAACUCCCAGAUACUGUGACCAAUGCACGUAUUCCUGGAGUGUAUUCGCACUUGCUGACAUUCUUCGCCGGUGGGAGGUCUUGCAUGGGAUUCAAAUUUUCGCAGCUUGAGAUGAGGGUCGCACUUGCACUCUUACUCGAUCGGCUCGAGUUCUCGCCGUCCAAAGAUCAAAUCGUCUGGCAAAUGACUGGUAUUGUCCUUCCACACCCUAACUACGAAAGUACCAGGCCGAGGCUCCCUCUCGUGAUUAGUAGAGCGGCAUGAG